AGCCAGGACAGCCUGGCGGCCCACCAGGACCCUUUCUCCCCAGCCACUUCUCAGGCUCCAUCCAUGGCCUCCCCGGAAGCACAGGAGACCGGAGCAGCCCCGGCCGAGGGGAGCCAAGUGGACGCGGGGGCUGAGAAAACGGGAGUUCCCGCCUCGCCCCACCAGCGGUCCUGGCUGGUGCGGCAUUUCUCGCUGCUGCUGCGGAGGGACAGGCAGGCCCAGAAGGCCGGGCAGCUCUUCUCGGGGCUCCUGGCCCUCAAUGUGGUGUUCCUGGGCGGAGCCUUCAUCUGCAGUAUGAUCUUCAACAACGUGGCCAUCACGCUGGGUGAUGUGUGGAUCCUGCUGGCCGCGCUGAAGGCCCUGUCCCUCCUCUGGCUCCUCUACUUUGCCGCCCGCACCACCCGCCACCCACGCGCCUUGCUCUACCAUGACCCUCACGCGGGACCCAUCUGGGUGCGGGGCUCCCUGGUGCUCUUUGGCAGCUGUACCAUCUGCCUCAACAUCUUCCGGGUGGGCUACGACGUGAGCCACAUCCACUGCAAGUCACAGCUGGAGCUCAUCUUCCCUGUCAUCGAGAUGAUCUUCAUCGGCGUCCAGACCUGGGUGCUUUGGAAACACUGUAAGGACUGUGUUCAGGUCCAGACCAAUUUCACUAGGUGUGGCCUAAUGCUGACCCUGGCCACAGACCUGCUGCUGUGGGUUCUGGCUGUCACCAACGACUCCAUGCACCGCGAGAUCGAGGCUGAGCUCAACGCCCUCAUGGAAAACUUCUUUGGCAACGACACCAGCACCUGCCUCUGUCUCAAUGCCACCGUGUGUGAGGUCUUCCAGAAGGGCUACCUGAUGCUCUACCCCUUCAGCACCGAGUACUGCCUCAUCUGCUGCGCUGUGCUCUUUGUCAUGUGGAAGAACGUCGGCCGCCGCCUGGCGGCCCACACAGGCGCUCACCCCGGCACCCCUCCCUUCCGCCUGCACGGGGCCAUCUUUGGGCCGCUGCUGGGCCUGCUGGCCCUGGUGGCGGGCGUGUGCGUCUUCGUGCUCUUCCAGAUCGAAGCCAGUGGCCCCGCCAUUGCGCGCCAGUACUUCACCCUCUACUAUGCCUUCUACAUAGCCGUGCUGCCCGCCAUGAGCCUGGCAUGCCUGGCGGGCACGGCCAUCCACGGGCUGGAGGAGCGCGAGCUGGACACGCUCAAGAACCCCACCCGCAGCCUGGACGUGGUGCUGCUCAUGGGCGCGGCGCUGGGCCAGAUGGGCAUCGCCUACUUUUCCAUCGUGGCCAUCGUGGCCACUCGCCCCCAUGAGCUGCUCAACAGCCUCAUCCUGGCCUACUCGCUGCUGCUUAUUCUGCAGCACAUCGCGCAGAACCUCUUCAUCAUCGAGGGCCUGCACCGACGCCCGCUCUGGGAGACGGCAUCGGAGGACCCGGCAGGGAAGCGAGAGGCUGAGCCGCCCCGCCGGGGGUCCCUGCUAGAGCUGGGCCAGGACCUGCGGCGGGCCUCGCUGGCCUACAUCCACUCCUACAGCCACCUCAACUGGAAGCGGCGGGCGCUCAAGGAGAUCUCGCUCUUCCUCAUCCUCUGCAACAUCACACUGUGGAUGAUGCCCGCGUUUGGCAUACACCCAGAGUUCGAGAACGGGCUCGAACAAGAAUUCUAUGGCUAUCGAACCUGGUUCACCAUUGUCAAUUUUGGCCUGCCUCUAGGGGUCUUCUACCGAAUGCACUCUGUCGGGGGGCUGGUAGAGGUCUACUUGGAGGCCUGAGGCUGCCCACCGACCAACCGCCGGCAGAACUCCAAAGUGCCAAUGCUGGAGAGAAGGUAGCCCAGAGCCUCUGAGAAGGGGUACCCAGACCAGACUGGAUUCCCCAAAGCCUCCCCCUCCCCAGAUCCUCCCUGAGAUGGAGGGCACUGUCUGCAGCCCGAGACCAAGGACAGGACCUGGACCCUGAGCUUCUGAUGCCCAUGCCUAGGACAUGCCUGCCCCUGCUCACUACCACAGUCAGUACAGGCCAGAGUGCUCCGUGGGCAGCCUGAGUCAAGGAGGGGUGCGGCCCCAGCCAGGCUCAGGGGUCGGCCUCCUUCUGUGGGACGGGCACUUGGUCCGAGCUCAGCCCAGGACAUCCCAGAAGUUGGCAGCCCCGAAGGCGCCCCUGGCCCUCCUUCCCCAUGUACUCUGUCUCCUAAUGAGCUCAUUAAUUAGCUACCAGGCAGAGUUCAACAGCUCCCUCCUGCUGCCAUAAACCUUGUUUGUUUGAUCGAUUA